AUGACGGACGAAACCUCACCGAGUUCCUAUACAGAGAACAAGCGAUUCGAGCCCAAAGUCAAGGUCGACUUGAACCCGCCGAAAAACGACCAGAUCUCGCUGGAAGAGUUGGCUCAAUGUGACGGAACACAUCCAGACAAGCCGACGUGGGUCGCGAUCAAAGGAACUAUAUUCGAUGUGUCCAAGAACCCGGCAUAUUCUGAGAAAGGCCAAUAUCAUGUGUUCGCCGGAAAGGAUCCCUCUCGGGCGCUCGCCCUGUCCAGCCUGAAACCUGAAGACUGCGUGCCGGAAUGGGACGACCUCGAUGACAAGUACAAGACCGUGCUGGAUGAAUGGUAUACCUUCUUCAGCAAGCGGUAUAAUAUUGUGGGCAAGGUCAGUGCUAGCGUCUUGUUCCUCCAGAAGCUCUGA